AAAAUUUCAUCUCUGAAAGGUUUGCAACGCAAACGCGAUACCAAGCUUUAUAAUGAUUAUGGAUCCAUCUACCUUGUUGAUGUUGCAGUUGGAACACCCCCUCAGGUUUUUGAAUUAGCAGUAGACACAGGAAGCUCCGAUCUUUGGAUUCCAGGCUCGCAAUGUCCAGAUUCUCUUUGUCCUCUUGUCAAGUUUAAUGAGGCCAAUUCAACAACCUAUAAGCCAACAUCCGAAAAUUUUAAUAUUAAAUAUGGCACUGGAAACGCAACUGGAAAAUAUGCAUUAGACACCAUAACAAUCGCAGGGGCGACAAUCGAAGAGCAGCAAUUUGGUUAUGUUUCCGCUACAAAUAAUAUCUUGACGGAAGUAACAUCAUUAAGCGGCGACGAAGUCACUACAACUAACGAAACCAUAGCUUCUGAUUCAUAUUAUCAUAUGAAUGGUAUAUUCGGUUUAGGGUUUCCUUUUCUUACCGCAUCAGCUACAAGUUAUAAUCCAUUCUUGUUCAACCUCAAAGCAUUAAAUAAGAUCAGCCAAAAUAUCUUUUCGAUCUACAUGAACAAUCGAGAGGUUUAUGGUGAUUCUGGAGAAAUAAUUCUUGGCGGUAUCGACAAGACGAAAUAUACGGGAGAGAUUAUUUACGUUCCGGUUUCAAAAACUACUCGCCAGACAUCUAGUAUUCAAACUAAAACUGACUAUGGAUAUUGGCAAGUAAAUGGUCAAGGAGUAGGCGUAGCAAAUGGUGUCACAGCCGAUGUCCAACUUGAUUUUCAAGAGACAGUACCUUUUGUAUUUGACACGGGUACCACAUUGAGUUAUUUCCCAAGUAAUGUGCUUGAGCCACUCUUGAUUGCAUCAGUUGGCAAAACUAACGUGGUGUAUGAUCAAGUGAAUAAUUAUUUCCAGAUUCGAUGUUCCAUGGCCAAGCGAAAUACAACUAUACAAAUUAUGUUAUCCACAUCGUCUAAUAUCAGCAGUGAACCUAUUACAAUGCAUGUUCCAAUUUCUGACAUUAUUUUCCCAAUGGAUACAAGAUAUAUUGCUACAGCCACUAUUUGUAUGUUUGGCAUUGUACCUACUACAGGUACAAUUUUUAUCGGAGAAUCAUUAUUAAGAAGUGUAUACCAAGUCUAUGAUGCUGAACAAAAUAGAAUUGGCAUUGCUGGAGCUGUUGGUUCGGCGGCUACCGUUACAACAGGAAAAGGCGUAUCGAAUAAUAAUGGCGGAAGUAAUACUGGAAGCAGCAAUGAUAAUAAUAACAAAACAAGUCCCUCAUCUGGGUCGAACAUGACAAAAUCCAGCAUGAUGACUUCUUUAUUAGGCCUAGCCUUUGCAUUUUAUAUUUCACAUUAAUAAAAAUUAACAUUUGAUAAUUUU